UGAUUCCACAACCCCCCUCUCUCUCUCUCUCUCUCUCUCUCUCAGUCAUGGCUCAGUUUUUGCUCUGUGGACGCUUCUGGAAUCUCAGACCUGAAGUGAACAGAGUCCUGACAGCAGCUCAAACUUACUGCUCGUCUGCAGUGGCCUCGGGUCGGCAGCGUGUUAAUGGCGUGGAUCUGUUCUACGAGCAGACGGGUCGAGGGCAACACGCCGUGCUGCUGCUUCCUGGAGCUCUGGGAAGCACGAGGACAGAUUUCGGGCCUCAGCUCAAGUCUCUCAACAAGGAACGCUUCACUGUGAUUGGCUGGGAUCCUCGUGGUUACGGACGAUCGCGUCCCCCGGACAGAGACUUUCCCGCCGACUUCUACGAGCGAGAUGCAGCGGAUGCAGUGGAUCUGAUGAAGACUCUGGGUUUCUGCAAAUUCUCUCUGUUGGGGUGGAGCGACGGAGGCAUCAGCGCUCUGAUCGCAGCAGCCAAGAGCCCUGACCUGAUCGACAAGGUGGUGGCAUGGGGAUCCAACGCCUUCAUCACCCAGCAUGACCUGGACCUUUACAAUGCGGUCCGGGACGUCUCCAAGUGGAGUGUGAAGAUGAGGCAGCCUUUGGAGGAAGUGUACGGAGCGGAACUCUUUGCUAAAACCUGGGCAGCCUGGGUGGACGGAGUCACGCAGUUCAUCAAAAGACCAGAAGGGAGCGUCUGCAUGGAGUGUCUGCCCCUCAUCACCUGUCCAACCCUCAUUGUCCACGGAGAGAAAGACCCCAUGGUUCCCAUCUCCCACGCUCAGUAUCUCCACAAACACGUCAAAGGAUCACGUUUACAUCUGUUGCCAGAGGGUAAACACAAUCUGCACCUGAGGUUCCCUGAGGAAUUCAACAAACUGGUGGAAGACUUUUUGGUAGAAUGAUUUAAACAGUGAGUUAAUCACAUCUAACAGGAAACCGGUCACUGCAAAUAAUCCUAUUAAAGAUCUAAUUUAGUCAUUUAUUCGAUACCCUGCUUAUUUCCAAAACACUCUUACUGUGAAUCUGAAUCUCCAUUUUUAAAAAUCAUUUCUAAAAGUAGUUGUACUAUGUUACUCAGUAUUUGAACUUGUGGCUGUUACACAUACAAGGGAGAAGAUUGGUCAAUAAAUGGAUCUUCAGCUCGUCUGACGAUUGAGAAAGUG